AUGCGCACCCCUGACCCUGGCUUCCUGGACGCAGGACGAGGGCGCAUCGCCCCCUGGUGGCGGUCGAGCAAACAGCAGCGGGCAAGGCGGAGCAGCGCGCCCCGCGCCCUCUCCCUGCAGGUGCUGCGGGACCUCUGCAUCCUCGCUUUGCUCCCCAGAGACAGCUGCUCAGGUGCUCACCGCCCGGAGACGCCCCCGCCGCCCGGGCCUGGGCAGCCGGCGUCGCGGGCGGCGGGGCCCUGCGCCGAGCGGGGCCGCCGGGGCCUCUCGCGGCUGCAGGCCGCCUCCCCGCCUCCCUGGGCGCCGGGCCGGCCCUGGGUGGAGCGGGAGAAGCGCGCUUCACGCCCCGGCCUCCUGCGCGGAGCUUUGGCUGCAACUUCAUCCAUCCAUGGCCAGUUCCAUGCAGAGAUCGUGGCCAGAUACUGGGCCAACCUGAAGCUGUGGUUCAAGCAGAAGAUCAGCAAAGAGGAGUUUGACCUGGAAGCUCACAGACUUCUCACACAGGAUAAUGUGCACUCUCACAACGAGUUCCUCCUGGCCAUUCUCACGCGGUGCCAGAUUUUGGUGUCUACCCCAGAGGGUGCCGGCUCCUUGCCCUGGACAGGCGGCUCCGCAGCCAAGCCCGGGAAGCCGAAGGGAAGGAAGAAGAUGUCUUCUGUGCGCCAGAAAUUUGAUCACAGAUUCCAGCCUCAGAACCCCCUCUCGGGAGCCCAGCAGUUUGUGGCAAAGGAUCCCCAAGAUGACGAUGACUUGAAACUGUGCUCCCACACAAUGAUGCUGCCCACGCGGGGCCAGCUGGAGGGGCGGAUGAUCGUGACGGCGUACGAGCACGGCUUGGACAACGUCACCGAGGAGGCCGUGUCGGCUGUGGUCUACGCCGUGGAGAAUCAUCUUAAGGACAUACUGGCAUCGGUUGUAUCAAGAAGGAAAGCAUAUCGGUUGCGAGACGGUCACUUUAAAUACGCGUUUGGUAGUAACGUGACCCCACAGCCGUACCUGAAGAACAGCAUCAUGGUGUACAACAGCUUAAUAGAAAGCCCUCCAGCCCUUCCUGCCCCCUGUGUCGGCCAGAACGCAGCUGCCCACCUGCACCCCGACGAUGCGGAGCAGCAGGCCGCACUCCUGCUGGCGUGCUCCGGGGAUACCCUCCCCGCACCCCUGCCUCCUGUGAACAUGCAUGACCUUUUUGAAGCUCUACAGGUAACUCCUGGCUCCUGAAGGUUUUCCUGGGUUUAUGGGUGGCAUUCAGGAGCUUUCGUACUUCCCGGCCUUUCGUUUUUCAGUUUGGGCUGUUUUCUGUUAAAGCCAUUCAUCCCCCCUCAUUUUUAAAUCCUGGGCCCAAGUCCUUCCUAAUUUCUCUCCCAUCCCCCACACCUCCCCAAUGAGAGAAAGAAGAGGGAAAAAAAACCUUGUUCCCUUAUUUCUACUUCAGAACCUUGUUAUUUCCUGUUUUCUUGUUAGUUGGCUUGGAAUUCGUUAGGCUCUGGCUUGAAGUUUGUAAGUUGUGUGUCUUUUGUGUGAGUAUUUUGUGGAUCUAAACCUUUUACAUGUUAG